CGCGCGCGGCCCGUUAGGCCCCGGGGGCUGUGGACUUACCUGGGCUGUCGCGCGCUCUCUUCCACUGGGCAUCACCGUGAGACGGGUUCGGCGCCCCAGCUCUGGCCUCUGUGAACUGUGCUUCUCCAGGCAAGUAAACCCCAAGGAGGACUGACCAGUUCUUGAAUUUCUAAACCAUGGCCCAUGGAUCAGUGAUGUUCAGUGAUGUGUCCAUAGAUUUCUCUCAGGAGGAGUGGGACUACCUGGACUUGGAACAGAGGGAUUUGUAUAGAGAUGUAAUGUUGGAGAACUACAGCAACUUGGUCUCAUUGGGAUGCUUCGUUUCUAAACCAGAUGUGAUUUCCUUAUUGGAGCAAGGAAAAGAGCCCUGGAAAGUAGUGAGGAAAGGAAGAAGACGAUAUCCAGAUUUGGAGACCAACUAUGAGACCAAGAAGUUAUCUUCAGAAAAUGACAUUCAUGAAAUAAACUUAUCCCAGUGGAAAAUAAUGGAGAGAAUUAAAAACCAUGGCCUUAAGAGACUCAUUUUAAAAAAUGAUUGGGAGUCCAAAAGAAAAUUUGAAGGACAAGAGGAAUAUUUCAAUCAAGUGAAAAUUACAUCUCAAAAAGUGUCCUCUUACCAAAAACACUCAUCUUUUUCUUCACAUCAGAGAAUUCAUUUUGUCGAGAAACCCUAUGAAUGUAAGGAAUGUGGGAAGGCCUUUAGAGUACGCCAACAACUUACUUUUCAUCACAGAAUUCAUACUGGUGAGAAACCUUAUGAAUGUAAGGAGUGUGGGAUGGCCUUUAGACAGACUGCACAUCUUACUCGACAUCAGAGACUUCAUUCUGGUGAAAAACUCUAUGAAUGUAAGGAAUGUGGAGAAUCUUUCAUAUGUGGCCCAGACCUUAGAGUACAUCAAAAAAUUCAUAUUGGUGAGAAACCCUAUGAAUGUAAAGAAUGUGGGAAAGCCUUCAGAGUUCGUGGACAACUUACUCUCCAUCAGAGGAUUCAUACUGGUGAGAAACCCUAUGUAUGUACAGAAUGUGGGAAAGCCUUUAGACAGUAUGCACACCUUACUCGACAUCAGAAGCUUAAUAUUGCUGACAAACUCUAUGAAUGUAAAGAAUGUGGGAAGGCCUUUUUGUGUGGCUCUGGCCUUAGAGUACAUCACAAACUUCAUACUGGUGAGAAACCCUAUGAAUGUAAAGAAUGUGGGAAGGCCUUUAGAGUACGACAGCAACUGACACUCCACCAGAGAAUUCAUACUGGUGAGAAACCCUAUGAAUGUAAGGAAUGUGGAAAGACUUUUAGUCGUGGUUAUCAUCUUAUUCUACAUCACAGAAUUCAUACUGGUGAGAAACCUUAUGAAUGUAAGGAAUGCUGGAAGGCCUUUAGUCGUUACUCACAACUUAUUUCACACCAGAGUAUUCAUAUUGGUGUUAAACCCUAUGACUGUAAGGAAUGCGGGAAGGCCUUUAGACUACUCUCACAACUUACACAACAUCAGAGUAUUCACAUUGGUGAGAAGCCGUAUAAGUGUAAGGAAUGCGGGAAGGCCUUUAGAUUGCGCCAAAAACUUACUCUACAUCAGAGCAUUCAUACUGGUGAAAAACCCUUUGAAUGUAAGGAAUGUAGGAAGGCCUUUAGGCUUAAUUCAUCUCUUAUUCAGCAUCUGAGAAUUCAUUCUGGUGAGAAGCCCUAUGAAUGUAAGGAAUGUAAGAAGGCCUUUAGACAACAUUCACACCUUACCCAUCAUCUGAAAAUUCAUAAUGAGGAACUGAGUACACAUAGGAGAACAUGGAAGGAGCACCUAGUCCUGUUAGGAGGCAGAAGGCGGAAGAGGGCAGAUCAUGACUCAGAACCUUUACUGGAGUUUUCCCAGGAAGGAAUGGGUGACGUGAUGCCAGCAGGGGUUCCUCAGGGACAAAGCAAAUCCAAGCUGCCAGCGUGUGCCUCGUUCAGCCCGGGGCAGCUUCGAAACCCCUCCCCCAGUAGCCCAUCUCCAAGUCCGGAGGUCCACCGCCCGCUCCCGCCCCAAGCGCUCGCGCCCGCGCUUGCGCAUUCCUCUCAGCCCGUUGGGGCGAGGACCAGGCCCUCCCUACCGGGACUACAUUUCCCACAAGCCUCUGCACCUAGUUUCCUUCCGCCUUCCUUGCUGGUGUCGGCUCGGAGAGGGCCGCACAGAUGCAGCGGCCCAGAAUGGCUCCGAGUUAGAUUUAUGAACCUCACAGUGAAGGCCCCUAACAAAAAGACGCAGGAGAACAACAGCUCUCAGAACCACAGCUUAACCAGAGCUCCCUCCCAAGGCAGCUUACGUGGGGACGUUUGCUUCUCCUGUGAAAGAGUGAAAAAUCAGGUCUGGCUUAUCUGGACUCUGUACUUCUCCAACAGAGAAGUCUUGAAAAGGACUGACCGGUUCUUGCAGUUGGAAACAAUGGCCCAUGGUUCAGUGACAUUCAGAGAUGUGGCCAUAGACUUCUCACAGGAAGAAUGGGAAUUCCUGGACUCAGCUCAGAGGGACUUAUAUAGGGAUGUCAUGUGGGAGAAUUAUAGCAACUUCAUCUCACUAGCAGGACCUUCCAUUUCUAAACCAGAUGUGAUUACCUUAUUGGAUGAAGGGAAGGAGCCCUGGAUGGUUGUAAGGGAAGGGACAAGAAGACAUCACCCUGACUUGGAGUCCAGAUACAGGACCAAUACUUUAUCUCCAGAAAAGGACAUUUAUGAAAUAUAUUCAUUCCAGUGGGAGAUAAUGGAAAGAAUUAAAAGCUAUGGCCUUCAGGACUCCAUUUUUAGAAAUGAUUGGGAAUGCAAAAGCAAGAUUGAGGGGCAAAAGGAACCACAAGAGGGAUAUUUUGGGCAAGUGAAAAUUGCUUCUGAAAAAAUGUCCACUUACAAAAGGCAUAAUCUUCUUGCUGAGUAUCAGAGAAUUCAUAAUGGAGAAAAGUUAUAUGAAUGUAAGGAAUGUAGGAAGACCUUUAUUCGUCGCUCAACACUUAGUCAACACCUGAGAAUUCAUACUGGUGAAAAACCUUACAAAUGUAAAGAAUGUGGGCAGGCCUUUAGACAGCGUGCACACCUUAUUAGACAUCACAAACUUCAUACUGGUGAGAAACCCUAUGAAUGUAAGGAAUGUGGGAAGGCCUUUACAGUCCUCCAAGAACUUACUCAACAUCAGAGACUUCAUACUGGUGAAAAGCCCUAUGAAUGUAAGGAAUGUGGAAAGGCCUUUAGAGUACAUCAGCAGCUUGCUCGACAUCAGAGAAUUCACACUGGUGAGAAGCCCUAUGAAUGUAAGGCAUGUGGGAAGACUUUUAGGCAGUGUACACACCUUACUCGACAUCAGAGACUUCAUACUUCUGAGAAGCUCUAUGAGUGUAAGGAAUGUGGGAAGGCCUUCGUAUGUGGUCCAGACCUUAGAAUACAUCAGAAAAUUCAUUUUGGGGAGAAACCCUAUGAAUGUAAGGAAUGUGGAAAAGCUUUUAGAAUAUGCCAACAGCUUACUGUCCAUCAGAGUAUUCAUACUGGUGAGAAACCCUAUGAAUGUAAAGAAUGUGGGAAGACUUUUAGAUUAAGGCAACAACUUGUUCGCCAUCAGAGAAUUCAUACUCGUGAGAAACCCUAUGAAUGUAUGGAAUGUUGGAAGACCUUUAGUAGUUACUCACAACUUAUUUCCCAUCAGAGCAUUCAUAUUGGUGAGAGACCUUAUGAAUGUGAAGAAUGUGGGAAGGCCUUUAGACUACUCUCACAACUUACUCAACAUCAGAGUAUUCAUACUGGUGAGAAACCUUAUGAAUGUAAGGAAUGUAGAAAGCCUUUUAGAUUGCUCUCACAGCUUACUCAACAUCAGAGUAUUCAUACUGGAGAGAAACCUUAUGAAUGUAAGGAAUGUGGUAAAGCUUUUAGACUUUAUUCUUUUCUUACUCAACACCAGAGAAUUCAUACUGGUGAGAAACCCUACAAAUGUAAGGAAUGUAAGAAGGCCUUUAGACAACAUUCACACCUUACUCAGCAUCAGAAAAUUCAUAAUGGAAUUUAA